GCGGUUUCCUGCUCGAUAUGCUUGGAAGUGUCAGCCAACGGCUCACUUCAAGGACAACAUCUAUCCAAGCAUGCUCCUUUUUGUUUUAGCUUUGGAAGGCUUUGAGAAACGAUGUUUUCGCAGUAGUAAUUUCUUUCGUGUAAAGUUAAACGUGAUGAGCUACCUAGGUAGAUUCAUACGAGCACGAUGGGAGCGUGGCUACUACAAAGACUUGUAUCAUCGCAGGCAGCUUCUAGGGGCUGACCCUUUUAUACAUCGAUCAUCUUAUCCCAACUGUAAAGUUCUGUUCUGGUUGCGCCAAUCCUCUUCCUCAUUAUUGUUUCGUAUCAAUCUUUCCCAUCCCUGUACCAUGGGCACUUAUAGUGUGCGUUCUCAUCACUGUUUCGGAGGUGUGGCUCACCAAUGGAGUCCCAUUGAGACAAGUGUGGACUCAAGCUCUAAAGAUUACCAACAGAACUAUGCGCAGAUGAAAGAAGUUGUGGAUGAUUUACGAGAGAAAGUGAAGAAAAUCAUCGAAGGAGGAGGGGAGAAAGCUCGAGCUCUGCAUAAAAGUCGAGGGAAAAUGCUUGCGCGAGAGCGCAUCAAUGCCUUAAUUGAUUCUGGAACAGCAUUCCUUGAACUGAGCCAGUUGGCUGGAUAUCAAUCUUAUGGAAAGGAAGAAGUACCGGCUGGAGGCAUAAUCACAGGUGUAGGCUCUGUUUCUGGCCGUGUCUGCAUCAUCGUAGCAAACGACGCAACAGUGAAAGGAGGAACCUACUAUCCGAUA